AUGCAUCGCCACUACGCGGCCGCAGACUGCCGAAGCGAUGCCUCGGCCCCAGUACUGGCGCGGCUGAGAAGACGCAUCGAGGCUGGGUCACUGCUAGGCGGGCCCGACAAAACGUCCGCCAGACGGGAGCGGACACUUUGCGCGUCCGCAGAGUCGCAUUCGAGGCGCAUAUUUGGGUCAGCACCUCCAUCUCUGUCGGAGUUGCAGACCAAGGAGCAAUUCGCGGAGAUUAUGACGGCGAUUCGAGCGCAGACGGAGAAGUUGGACGGCUUCAACAACAAGCUCGAGACGCUUGAGGUCAAGGUGGCUUCACUGGAAGAGGUGAAGCCGGUGCUGGUGGAUCUGGCGCUGUGGAAGCCCCGGGUCGAUCUGACUGUGGGUGCUCUCCAGACGGAUCUGGGCGAGUUGCGGCAGAGCAUCGAUCGCCUCGUCAUCAACUCAGCACCACCUGCACCAACGGCUCCUGCAGGGGCAGCGCCUCCUCCACCUCCGGCUGGGGAGCGCCGCGCCAAUCUGCGCACCGGUGACGACGAACGUCACGGGCCUGCUGGCCGCCGCGUCGACAUCUUCACCCGGGGUUCGGUUAUGGGGCCGCAUCCCCAAUCGACCCCGGCCAAGGGUACGCUCCCGUGCCACACUCCUGAGUCUUCAUCCAGUGUCGGGUUUAGAGAUCGUGAUAGGGAGAGGUUUGGAAAAACUCCGAGAGUGGAUUGCCCUGGGUUCAAUGGGGAAGGGCCACUGGAAUGGAAAAUCAAAUGCGAGUCCUACUUCCGUGUGUGUCGGGUAGAUCAGGAUCUGUGGAUCGACACCGCUGUGGUGUAUUUCACUGGGGAGGCUGCUCUUUGGUUACAAUGGACCAAUGCGCACGGCGUCGCCCGAGAUUGGGAUGAUUUCGUGUCCAUGGUGUGUGCUAAGUUUGGUCGUCGCGAGUUUGAGCAGCUGUUGCGUCAGUUCUCGAGGUUGCGUCAAACGGGUACGGUAGCUGAAUAUGCUGUUCAAUUCAACACCGCUAUGAACUGUCUCCUAGCACACCAUCGCUCGUGGGAUCCCCUUUAUUUUGUCACUCAAUUUGUUGAUGGGUUGCGUGCUGACAUUAGAGUGGUGGUUAUGGUUCAACAACCCAAGGAUUUGGACUCUGCGGUUUCUCUUGCUCUCUUACAGGAGGAAGUGAUGGAGUUGACAAGGGAGGCCACGCGUGUGAGCAGUGGGCAUGGUCCCUUCCCCAAGGCUCAAACGCGCACGGCGCUGCCAUUGCCGCCGCCGCCUGUUGGAAGGCCGCCGGGCCUGGCCACACCCUCGUCUCGCGUGGAGGACAAGCGCGGAGUGGCCAGCAACCAGAUGCCAUCCACGGACGACAAGGUGCGGGCGCUGCGAGCAUACCAUCGUGCUCGCGGGGAGUGCUUCGACUGCGGCGAGAAAUGGGGGCGCAAUCAUGUGUGCGCUGCCACUGUUCCUCUCCAUGUUGUUCAAGAGCUUCUGUGUCUCUUGGAGGGUGAGAUGGAACCGCAUUCCUCACCUGUCGACUCGCGCAGUGAAUUAGGCAUGAUAUCUGCAGCAGCCUUACAAGGAAUCGAGCCUCCACAGACAGUUCGAAUCAAAGGAGUUGUACAAGGGCAAGAGGUGCUAAUGUUAGUGGACUCUGGCAGCACUCACAGCUUUAUCAGUGAGGCAAUCGCCGCACGUUGGUCAGGUGUACACCAGUGUAAGCCUAUGCAAGUUAAGGUGGCCGAUGGUGGGACACUCAGGUGUGAUUUGGAGAUUCCAGAGUGUAAGUGGCAAUCACAGGGCACUGAGUUCCGGACUACUCUUCGGUUAUUUCCUUUGGGGUGUUAUGACAUCAUCCUCGGCAUGGACUGGCUGCAGAGUCUGGGUGAUAUGAAUGUGAAUUGGCGCAAGAAACAGCUAUUCUUCCAUUAUCAAGAUCGUCCAGUGUUUCUACAAGGCAUGGUGACUGAUACUACUACCUGUCAGAAGAUAACUGCUGAGGAACUCCAAACCUUGAAUGCAAGCAAUGCUAUCUGCCAUGUGGUCCAGUUGAGUGAGCUGAAGGAAUCAGAGGAGCUGGUGCCAUAUUCACAAGAUAUUCAGAAUCUCUUGUCUGAAUUUGAGGGUUUGUUUGCUGAACCACACGGGCUGCCACCAAGGAGAGAAUUCGACCAUGUCAUUUCACUGUUACCCGGUGCAAGGCCGACCAACAUUCGUCCUUAUCGAUACAACCCAAGUCAGAAGGAUGAAAUCGAGAAGCAAAUUGCAGAUAUGCUUAAGCAAGGGAUUAUUCGGUUCAGCACCAGCCCGUUCGCUUCGCCUAUUCUCUUGGUGCAAAAGAAGGACGGCACAUGGCGAUUCUGUAUUGAUUACAGAUACCUUAAUGCUAUGACACUAAAGAACAGAUAUCCUCUACCCAUUAUCGAUGAGUUGCUCGAUGAGUUAUCGGGUGCGGCAUGGUUCACAAGCCUAGACCUCCGAGCGGGCUACCAUCAAAUCAGGUUGGCUGAAGGGGAAGAGUUCAAGACGGCAUUUCAGUCUCACCAAGGUCAUUACGAGUUUAUGGUGAUGCCUUAUGGCCUGACAGGAGCUCCAGCCACCUUUCAGAAUGCGAUGAACAAGAUAUUCGCACCCCUCCUCAGACGAUGUGUGUUAGUAUUUAUCGACGACAUCUUGGUCUAUAGUAAGACGAUGGCAGAGCAUAGGGAUCAUUUGAGGGCAGUUUUCUCGUUAUUGGAAGAGCACCAGCUGAAGGUCAAGAAGACCAAGUGCUCCUUUGCUCAACCUAAGCUCAAGUAUCUGGGGCACAUUAUCUCUGCUGACGGUGUGUCAACCGACCCAAAAAAUCUGGAGGCAGUACACAAUUGGCCGGUGCCUACCAAUGCAAAAGAUGUGAGGAAAUUCCUGGGGCUCACUGGAUAUUACCGCAAGUUUGUCCGCAACUAUGGACUGAUCAGCAGGGUGCUUACAGAUCUGUUGAAGAAGAAUGAGCUGUUCGUGUGGACAGUCAAUCAUCAAGAAGCCUUUGACACCUUGAAGCAGGCCCUGCUGCAGGCUCCAGUGCUAGCCUUGCCUAAUUUUGCUAAAACCUUCGUGGUGGAAACAGACGCCAGUGAAAAAGGAUUGGGUGCCGUGCUGAUGCAGGAUCAACAUCCUCUGGCCUUCUUGAGCAGAGCUCUCGGGCCGAGACUACGCGGCUUGUCGACAUAUGAGAAAGAAAGCCUCGCAAUCCUUUUGGCCGUUGAUCGCUGGCGACCCUACCUGAGACAAUCCCAGUUUGUUAUUCGGACUGACCAACGUGCCCUCGCCCACCUAGACGAGCAGCGACUCACUACUCCAUGGCAGCACAAAGCACUGACGAAACUGCUUGGCCUACAGUAUACAAUCGAGUAUAAAAAAGGGUGUACCAAUCAAGUUGCUGAUGCUCUGUCACGUCACCCAGCUCUCUCAAUUGGGGAAGUGCUCUCCAUCACGAUGGGUACCCCGGCCUGGCUGGACGACAUUGCUGCGGGAUAUGGUAAGGAUGCAAUCGCUCAGCAGAUUAUCCGACAGUUGGACAAACCGGACUCUACAGUGAAGCACAUGUCUUGGGAUGGACACCUGUUGCGCUUCAAAGGGCGUGUAUGGAUGAAGUCGACGGUGCAGCGGUUCAUUGAUCAAUGCAGCAUCUGCAAGCAAGCUAAGACGGAGCGAGUGAAGUACCCUGGCCUCCUUCAGCCCUUAGCAGUGCCUGACUCUGCCUGGCAGGUGGUGUCGCUCGAUUUUGUUGAAGGGUUGCCCAAAUCGUCGGGUUUUACAACCAUUCUGGUCGUGGUGGACAAGCUCACCAAAUAUGCACACUUCUUGCCUCUCUCUCACCCUUAUACAGCAGCUCAAGUUGCCCAGCUCUACUUCGAUCAGUCCUUGUUCAGGCUGAGCAAGACAGAGAUGCGAAUGAGCACGGCUUAUCAUCCGCAAACAGAUGGGCAGACGGAGCGGGUCAAUCAAUGCCUCGAGACUUACUUACGUUGCUUUAUCAGCACCUGCCCUGCAACGUGGAGUAAGUGGCUUCCGCUAGCAGAAUUCUGGUAUAAUACGGCCUACCACACUGCGAUCAAGACCAGCCCAUUUCAAGCUCGUAUGGCCAUGCUCCGAGAUAUUCUGGGGAUCACGGCUGAGUCGGUGCCGGUGGGUGAUUGGGUGUAUCUACGUCUCCAGCCGUACAUCCAGACGACCUUGGCCAUGCGAGCCAACGCCAAGCUGGCCUUCCGCUACUUCGGGCCAUUCCAGGUGGAGCAAAAGGUUGGGGAUCGUUCCUACCGUCUCAAGUUGCCGGACAAGUCGAAGCUUCAUCCAGUCUUUCAUGUCUCGCUGUUGAGGAAAGGUAUUCCACCAGAAGAAGUGCAUGAGGAGUUGCCGGUGAUCGACGAUGAACACCCUCCCCGACACGUACCAGAGCAAGUUCUACAACGCCGUCAAGUGCAACGUCGUCACAAGACCAAGGACCAGGUGCUGAUUCAAUGGUCAGGACUGCCAGCGUCACUUGCUACUUGGGAGAAUCUCGCCGAGCUGAAGGCCAGGUUUCCUCGAGCUCCGGCUUGGGGUCAAGCCGCUCCUGAAGAAGGGGGGAAUGUCAUGGGCCUACCAACCCACGACGCGUCAAGUGGGCCGUCUCCACGGCCCAGGAGGGCCCGCAAGGACAACCCACGCUACAGCCCAGAAGAAUGGACUACUUGA